AAUAUAAAGUAAAUAGGUGCCUGCCUGCCCCUUCUUGUUGUGUUGAUGUUAAGCUGGCAUUCAAGUGAAUUAGGGCGAUCUCUCAUCUCAAUCGGGUCAAAACCAACAGAUCACAACAAUUCACACUCCUCCUCGUCUCUAUAUAUCUAUCUAUAUCGUUUAGAUUAGUAUCCUAUCCUACUAUAUAGAUUAGAUUAGUAUCCUAUCCUAUCCUAUCGGGGAUGUAUAGCAGCAGUCAAUAGUCGGAGCUCCGAUGGGUGCAGCCGGGUCCAAAUUGGAGAAAGCACUGGGCGAGCAAUUCCCCGAAGGCGAGCGUUACUUCGGUCUCGAGAAUUUCGGCAACACUUGCUACUGUAACAGCGUCCUUCAGGCUCUCUACUUCUGUGUUCCGUUUCGUGAACAGUUACUAGAAUAUUACUUGAAUAACAAAACUCUUACGGAUUCCGAAGAGACUCUCUUGACAUGCCUGGCCGAUCUUUUUAUGCAGAUUAGUUCACAGAAGAAGAAGACAGGCGUUAUUGCUCCUAAGCGCUUUGUACAGAAACUGAAAAAGCAAAAUGAGAUUUUUCGAAGCUACAUGCACCAGGACGCGCAUGAGUUCUUGAAUUAUUUAUUGAAUGAACUUGUCGACUUACUGGAGAAGGAGGCUCGUAAGGCAAAAAAUGAUACCGCAAGUUUAUCGCCGCCUGAGAAUGUAGCGAACGGACCAAAAAAUGGUCAUCCUGAUGGCGCUCAAAAGGAGCCUCUUGUCACCUGGGUGCACAAAAACUUUCAAGGUCUACUCACGAACGAAACAAGGUGCUUACAGUGUGAAACAGUAACCGCUAGAGAUGAAACUUUCUUGGACUUGAGCCUGGAUAUUGAGCAGAACAGUUCAAUCACAAGUUGUUUAAAAAACUUCAGUUCCACAGAGACUUUAAAUGCCGAGGACAAAUUCUUUUGUGACAAGUGUUGCAGUUUGCAGGAAGCACAGAAGAGGAUGAAGAUAAAGAAACCUCCACAGAUUUUGGUAAUUCAUCUGAAGCGGUUCAAGUACAUAGAGCAGCUUUCAAGGUACAAGAAGUUAUCGUAUCGUGUUGUGUUCCCACUAGAGCUGAAGCUGAGCAAUACAGUGGAGGAUGCAGAUGCUGAGUAUUCCCUGUUUGCUGUAGUCGUUCAUGUUGGGAGUGGGCCCAACCAUGGACAUUACGUCAGCCUUGUGAAAAGCCAUAAUCACUGGUUGUUCUUUGAUGACGAAAAUGUGGAAAUGAUUGAUGAGUCAGCUGUGCAGACAUUCUUCGGGUCAGCGCAGGAGUAUUCUAGUAAUACAGAUCAUGGGUAUAUCUUGUUUUAUGAAGGAGUUGAUGCCGGAAGUGGCAUCCCAAGUUGAGAGAAGAAUCGCAGCAAUAUUACAAUUUUGAACAAAUGAACUUUCAGUUUUCUAUUUUAAAUACAUUCUUUAGCUACUUCCCUCUCAAUAUUUCUUACAAACAUUUCUGAUAUGUAAGCUCAGGUCAGACAAGGUGGAUUUAGUAAAAUUAGUAUUAGUUGAUUUUCAA